GAGAUUGAGGCUGACUGUAGGGGCUUCCAGUUUCUCCUGCAGUCACUCUGUCCAUCUCUGCUGCACAACUUUUCAGGAUUUUCGUAACUUUGACUUUGUAGUGUUUACUCUCAGACAAACAAGAAACGGCAAAGACAAAUAUUUGUCCUUAGCCAGCUUUUAAAGACCAAAACCUUUUUUUUUUACUUUGACAUUUGUUUGAAGCAAUCUCACACCAACCAUCUGUUUUUCAACCACCUUUUUUUCCCCAAGUGCUUGUUUUUAAACCUGUAGGAGGUCUUAUUGUUGCCCUUACCGAGGGAGUUGAAGGACUUGUCCAGCGUGAGACACACCUCAGCUCUGUCUCCUGUCUCGGCGAUAACACAGCAUCACAACGAGACGAGGAUGCGUGCAGAGCUGCCACUGGCGUUCCUGGCCUCCCUGCUCGCUCUCGGCUGGAUCGCUGCCGGCGUGGAAGAGCAGACAGACGAGGAGACGGCCAGACGAGCUCUGAUUCAGCACAAUGACUCGCCUGCCGAGAAAAUUACAGGGGUGCAGAGAAGAGAGGCAGAGUGGACUCUGAUGGACAGCCCCGCUGUUGAGAUGAACGACAUCAAACAUGCCCUGAGGGCCAAGAGGUCCCCACAGGAGGACCCUGCAGGUGAAGAAAACCCAAAAGAGUCCAAGCCAAAGAAGCCAAAAGCCCCCAAGCCAUCCAAAAAACCUAAAGCACCCAAACCAACCAAGAAACCCAAGGCACCAAAACCCACCAAGAAACCCAAGGCACCUAAACCCACCAAGAAACCAAAACCCACCAAGAAGCCUAAGGCUCCAAAGUCUACUCCAAAAUCCAAGCCAAAGGAAGAGAAGGCCACACCAAGGAAACCUACAAUGGAGGAGGAAGAGGAGACGCUACUUCGGGAGCUUGGCUGGGGUGAUGUGUUGCCUGUUUCCCCAGAGAACACUGACGGGAGGAAACCUGUGCAACCAGGCCACGAUGAGGUAACAGAGCCUGACCUACGACCUAAAGGCAAGGAAGAGACAAUCACAGAGGAUCCAAGCAUAUAUUUACCUAUACCAGAAGAGACAGUAGCCCCAUCAGUUGCUAUCCCUUGGUAUGAGGAAUACGACUAUGUUGACCUGGCUACAAAGAAGCUGGAGGAGGAGAUGGAGAGGGCACGGAAGGAGAAGGAGGAAAGAGCUGAAAGGGAGAAGAAGAAGUGGGAGGAGGAGGAAGAGGAGAGAAGAAAGCAGACCCCCGUCUAUGUCGAACCAAAGAAAUGCCCUCCUCUUGGCAUGGAGUCACAUAAAGUGGAGGACGAUCAGAUCUUGGCCUCUUCCAUGUCACACUAUGGCUUUAACGCCCAGAGAGGCCGCCUCAAUAUGCAGAGGUCAGGCAAUGAUGAGGAGGACACUCCAUAUGGCGGAGCGUGGUGUGCCGACCCUGAUGAGAAGCAGCACUGGAUUCAGAUGGACGCCAGAAGGGAGGUGGAGUUCACAGGGGUCAUCACGCAGGGCAGGAACUCUGACCUUCAUGAGGAUUUUGUUUCCGCCUACUUUGUGGCCUUCAGCAAUGAUACUCGGGAAUGGACAGUGCUUCAUGAUGGCUAUGCGGAAUGGCUUUUCUACGGGAAUGUGGAUAAAGACACCCCAGUGUUGACUCAAUUCGCCUGGCCUGUGGUGGCUCGCUACAUCCGCAUCUUACCACAAAGCUGGAAUGGCAGCCUGUGCAUGCGCAUAGAGGUGAUGGGCUGUCCUUUACCCAAAAGCUACACCAGUGAGAAUGAGGUUGUCCGCACAGAUGACUUGGACUUCAGACACCACAACUACAAGGAGAUGAGGCAGAUGAUGAAAGUGGUAAAUGAAGAGUGUCCCAACAUCACAAGAAUUUAUAACAUUGGCAAGAGCUCCCAGGGCCUGAAAAUGUACGCGAUGGAGAUCACAGACAACCCUGGGGACCACGAAACAGGUGAACCUGAGUUUCGCUACACAGCCGGUCUCCAUGGAAAUGAAGUUCUGGGCCGGGAGCUGAUCCUACUGCUAAUGCAGUUCCUCUGCAAAGAGUAUAACGAUGACAACCCCAGAGUGCGCCGCCUAGUGGAGGGAGUGCGCAUUCAUCUGGUGCCCUCACUCAACCCUGAUGCCUAUGAGCUGGCCUAUGAGAUGGGUUCUGAGAUGGGUAACUGGGCCUUAGGGCACUGGACAGAUGAAGGGUAUGACAUCUUUCAGAACUUUCCAGACCUUAAUAGUGUUCUGUGGGGGGCUGAGGACCGAGGCUGGGUUCCUCGCAUUGUGCCCAAUCACCACAUUCCACUACCAGAGAACUUCCUCUCAUCCAAUGGUUCGGCAGCUGUGGAGACCCGUGCCAUCAUUUCUUGGAUGGAACGGACCCCUUUCGUGCUGGGAGCAAACUUUCAGGGUGGGGAGAAGAUUGUGACCUACCCCUAUGACAUGCAGCGCCCCCCUAGGAUCUUCGGCAGAGGAGGACGACGGCAACCAACCGUCGACCACGAGAUGAGCGAGGAAACAUGGGCGCGCAUACAAAGGCAGAACGAGGGCGCAUGGAGAGAGACGGCAGACGAGAACAUGUUCCGCUGGCUGGCCAUGACCUACGCCCACAGCCACCUGACCAUGACCGAGACGCAGCGCGGGUCCUGCCACACAGAUGACAUCACUGGUGGACAGGGCUUCAUCAACCUUGCCAGCUGGAAGCCCAUCGUGGGCAGCAUGAAUGACUUCAGCUACCUGCACACCAACUGCUUUGAGAUUUCUGUUUUCCUGGGCUGUGAUAAAUUCCCCCAUGAGAGUGAGCUGCCCCAGGAAUGGGAGAAUAACAGAGAGUCUCUUCUGGCCUUCAUAGAGCAGGUACACCGAGGCAUAAAGGGAAUGGUGCGAGACAUGAGGGGAAACCCCAUAGGAAAUGCUACUAUUUCAGUGGAAGGCAUCAAGCAUGACAUAAAGACAGCUUCCACGGGAGACUACUGGCGGCUGUUGAACCCAGGUGAGUACCGCGUGACAGCACGGGCCGACGGCUACACCCAGCAGACGCGUCUCUGCAUGGUGGGGUAUGAGAAGUCUGCCACCCCCUGCAGCUUCUCUCUGCCCAAAUCCAACUGGGACCGCAUCAAGCAGAUCAUGAAGACCAACGGCAAUAGGCCCAUUCUGAUACCUAAGCCAGCAGCUAAGCCAACAGUAAGUACAGACGCCAGUCAGGGCAACAGCAGGGUCACAGGGGCCAACGAUGUGGGACCCGCUCCCACACAGAGCGAGCGUCUCCGUCGGCUGCGCAUCAUGCGUCUGCGCAGGCUGCGUCAGCAGAGACUGGGGGGUGCCGGCAGGAACAUAGCACGCACCACCACCACAACAACAACCACCACCACCACCACCACGCUACCACCGACCACCACUGAACCAGUAACAGAGACCACCACAUCCUGGUUCGACUCUUGGUAUGACCUGGACAGCAGUUCAACAACACCCACUCCCAUUGAGACAGAACUCUUUGAGCCUGAAGCCAUUGAUGACACCUUUGAGUAUACUAUAGAUGAGUAUUAGGCUAAGUCAGUCUAAUAAUGUAAUUUCUUUCCACUAGUGUCUAGCACAAAGUACUCUCUAAUACUGUAUUAGUUAAGUAUUAAAGAGCUUAAAGAAAAUGUUCUCUCUGCUGCGCAAAGAGGUUCAAGUACAGACAUGGAGUAACUUAAAGGUGGGAGGGGCUGUUUUUAUCGUUCAAGAUAUGCCUGAAUCAGUUGACACAUUUGACUUCCUUUGCUUUUCACUCUAACAAAUGUAUAGGGUCUACCCAAAACUGUAAUGUUUUCAAUGUGUGUAUGUCUGUUUCCCAUGGGCAUUUAUUUUUUUCAAAUAAAUACACAAAAAGAAAA